UUAUCAUGGACUGAAUAUACUUAUAACCCCGAAUACUUGAUUUCUUAUCGAGAGAUUUCGAGAUAAAUCCCAUGACGAGGAGAAACCGAUAAAAGAAGUCUCAACAGUGCGAUAAAGCCAUUAUCGCAAAAUCUUGAAAUUGUUUAUUCGACUUCACUAGCCUAAACAAUGAUUUGUAUGGAUUUAAUUGUUGCCCUACCGAGAACGGGUGUUAUUGUAAAAUAAUACAGAGUUUAUCGAGUGAGAUUCGGUUCGAGGUAGUAACAUAAUUCUUAUCAUAAUUCGGCUCUACGUCUCUCGCCCAGGCAACCCAUGAAGUGGAAUGUACUUAUAUUAAACGUCUAAAUUAGGUCUAUAGGUAUAGCAAAUGUAUAUCGCCUACCAUCCACCUAAAGAAAUAUCUAAAGGAUAUAUAUGCAUAUCUAUAAUACAACAUAUUGCUAAUAUGGACCCAGGCAACUCAUCAAGUGGAAUAAACAUAAAUUAAUCGUCUAAAUUAGGUGUAUAGGAAAUGGUAUAGCAAAUGGACAUCGUCUAUCAUCCACCUAGAAAAAUAUCUAAAGAUAUAUAUAAAUAUUUUUUUUUGUCGGGACAUCAGGUCAGAUAGGAGUCUAAUCACCCAGGCGGUGUUCGUUUCGUGCCUCGGUAGAUGUAGAGGUACAGUCACACGUACAGGGCAGGCAGCUCGGAGGAAAGUAGAAUGAAUACCAGGUGGCAGACCCUGGGAGUGGUAGGAAGGAUAAUGGCCGACUGACUAUAAAGGUUCGGCCAUACUGAGUCAAGCUAUUCCGAGAGGGGCGACCAUUCCCGAAGAGAAAGCGAAGAGUCGCGCCAUUCGUGCUCGCGAGUGAUUUUCGACAAGACAAGUCUAAAUCUACCUCGAAGUUGGAGUUCCUUGCAUCCAAAGACACCUUUUGAGUGCCACUCCUCGAAGGUGACCCUCCAAAAUCAUCUUCGAGGCUCCACGGUUAUCGUCGAGUUUGUGAAGUUCCCCUCGUGGAGGAUUUUUGAAAUGUUGGUUUUUUGGGGGGGAAAGCAAUGAAAAAUCAGUUGUGACGAAAAUUUUCAAAAUGCCCACAUGCACCUGCCAGGCCCUCCAAGUGGAGGACGAAGAUGAACAUGUCUGCCGACAGAAACCUCCGAUUGAGAGUGAGAAUGUCAAUGAACAAUUGUAUGAAUUUUCCACGGAUAGUUCAGUUAGAUUCAGAGAUGGCUCGGUUCGGCUCAGGAACCCGAACAUCGAGCUGAUGGACCAGGACAUCCUUUAUCAUCUCGCCCUGGGAAGCGGAUCUCACGACCUGGUGGAGAUGUUCGGGGAUGUUAAGUUUGUAUGCAUGGGAGGGACACCAAAGCGGAUGGAGGAGUUUGCCUUUUACAUCAUGAAGGAAAUAGGUCACAAACUUCCGGCAGGAACGACUCUACUCGACAUCAGUCAGUACUCUUAUCGCUACUCGAUGUACAAAGUUGGACCGGUGCUGUCGAUCAGCCACGGAAUGGGGAUACCAUCGGUUGGGAUCCUUCUCCACGAGGUGAUCAAGCUGAUGUACCAUGCGAGGAUCAAGGACCCGGUCUUCUUCAGGAUCGGAACAUGUGGAGGGAUAGGAGUGGACGGCGGGACGGUGAUCAUCUCCGAGGAAGCGGUGGACGGGAUGCUGAGCCCCGUUCUGGAGCUGCCGGUACUGGGGAAAAUGGUGAGAAGACCAGCCAAGCUGGACCGUCAAUUGGCUCGGGAGCUGAAGGCCCUGGCCCACCCUGAAGAUCCCUACGACACGAUAAUCGGCAAGACCAUGUGCACCUACGACUUCUACGAGGGCCAGGGUCGCCUAGACGGUGCCUUUUGCGAGUUUACGGAGAACGACAAGAUGGACUAUCUCACCAAGAUGCACAAAGCCGGGGUCCAGAACAUGGAGAUGGAGAGUCUCUCCUUCGCGGCGUUGACCCACCACGCAGGGAUCAAAUCUGCAGUGGUCUGUGUGUCCCUUCUGGACAGACUGAAAGGCGACCAGGUGCUGGCACCGAAAGAAGUGUUGGACGAGUGGCAGAUCCGACCCCAACAGCUGAUCUCUAGAUACAUCACGAGGCAUCUACAACGAAUCGGCCGUUUAUCUCUCGAAGGGCAUGGCUCGAUGUGCGUAAAGAGUCCUCGUCGAUUUAAACUCGUCCAACAGGAGUCCGAGAAUUACGACUAAGUCGACGAAAGAGGCCAGGCAUUGUUCGAAAUCCCCCAGGGGAGCAUCCAAUAUGGCGGCGGAUGCUCCAAAGACAACUGCGUUGACUCGAGCGAAUUAUUUAUUAUUUAUUUAUGCGUCCUUGAGGUGAUAUUAAAGUGUGACAUAUACGUACCAAAAAGUACAAAUAUUUAUAAUACUUCUCUCCAAACUGGGUACACCGAAUUACCUGAAACUUUAACACGUGAUUAUGGAGGCUCUAAGGAAUAACGCGUUUCAGGACCUACCUUAUGGUCUCCAUAUUCACGUUUUAGUAUGAAACGAUUCGAGACAUCCAGUUGGUAGAAAAGUUUUAUGAACGAUUGCGCUAUCGGAUGCUGCUUUCACAUCCCCUUAAAGUUUUAAAUAAUUCGGUAUGUUUCAGAAAUAUUUUGACAUCUUGUACGUAUAUAUAUAUAUAUAUCGCACUUUCAUAUCACCUUAAGGCCCUGAGAGCCGGCUACGAUUUGACGCAAACUGAGUAGACUAGAGAGCCAAUACGAGGAAAAAGAUUAAUUUAAAUAAGUAGAAAUUCUCGACUUCCCUUAAACUUUCCUCAAGAGACUCGAUUAACCGAGGUUUACGAUUACUUAACCGGUGCUUAUAUAAAUCGACGCGUAAAGUUAAUAACUUUUAUCGUUUCCCUUGAUGUAAGGUGGACAGAAAAAAAAAGAAAAAAAAAAAAGAAGAAAAGAAAGAAUAUUCGCUCAAGUUAUCCGAAAUCUCAUUUUACGGACGGGGCGAGUUACGGACGUUAAAUCGUGGGUUAAAAGCCGCUUAAACGGAGAAACGGUUAAAACCUGCCCGUGUAAUCGCCAGUUAAGGUCAUAUGCAAUUGUCAUAAUCACCUCGCCAAUUUUUAAACAUAUAUCUUGACAACCAAAAUUACAUAUUAAGUUCAAUAAUUGUACUAUGAAAUCACGC